AUGUCAGGUGACAGUUCUACCUGCCCGGGUACCCGCACGAGAUCAAGAAGCGUAGGUAGGUGUCAAUAUUUCAGGUUUACUGGCAGGCCCAAAAACACCAAACCCAAGGUCUCCGCUUCUACCCUCGACGAGGCAUUCAACGAUCGACAGCACAUUUACCGAAUUUUCGUGCUACAUUGCUCGAGGGUGGUGAUAGAGGAUUUCUCCCGGCAGAUCCAGGCCCCAUGGUAUGACUGGAGGAGAGAGAUAAAAAAAGCGUGCGCUGAUGAUUUGUGCAGUACUAAAACUGGGAAGUAAGUUUGUUGUGUGGCAAUUAUUUCAAUUUUCAGCAGAUUUGCAGGUCAAGGAGGCGAAACCAAAGUACAAGUGCGCGGAGUUUGUUUUUGUACAACCUGGCCAAAUGAAGUAAGACAGUUGGUGCUUGGAACCUGGCCAAAUGAAGUAAGACAGUUGGUGCUUGGAACCUACCGGCUGUAUUUUCACAACAGCUAGGUUGGCAGUGAAAAUGUUCCAAGCAUGGAAUUAUUUGAUGGGGAAGGACGAGGAGCAGGAUGAGACGGCUAGCGGGCAGGCCGACGUCAACGUUGAAGCUGUUUUGGAGAGCUCGGCUGAUGGGCCAAACGGUGCCCAAGCUGAUGCCAGCGGCGGCAAAGCAAAAGGGAAAUUUCACAUCGCUGCGCUAAGGAGCUUAAAAACCGCCGAGUCGACCAUUGACGGAAGGCGCAGUUCCAGCAAUGCAAACCUCAUGGAAGCCGAUCCAGAGCUAUGUGUCAGCUUGUUUCGCCGCUCCACCAGCUUCACGGCACUGCACAAGCGCUUGAUGAAUGCGAGCCCUGAGUGGAUUGUCAGCUUUCUGGAGAGCGAAGGCUUGGAGGCUAUCUUCGACGCCUUGGAGGCCAUCUUUCCUAAGCACGGCACCAGCAUCUAUCUGGCAGUCAAGCAAAUGGAGUGUGUGCAGUGCGUGAAGGAUGUCUUGAAUUGCCGUGCUGGACUCGAGUUCCUGAUCAGGAACUCCAGACAGUACACCGGGCAGUUGGCCAAAGCACUCAACACACAGAAUGUUCUUGUGAAAAAGCAAGUUCUGGAGCUGCUGGCGUGUUUAUGUGUUUACAGCAUCGACGGUUAUGAUAUUGCUCUGGACACGCUAGAAGCCCAUCAGGAACUUGUUGGCAAUCGCAAUCGCUUUGAGUCGCUCAUCACUGAGCUGGAGCAUAGCGAGAUUGAACCCUACACCGCUGUUGUUGUGCUACUUGUCAAUUGCAUCAUCAACACCGAAGAUGAACUAGAGGAUCGUCUCGAGCUCCGCGAUGAGUUUAUAGGACUGGGACUCUUGAAAGUGCUGCAGCCGUUGAGAUUCUCAGCCGACGAGGAAAUCCUGACUCAACUGGACAUUUUUGAGAAGGAGCGCGCUGAAGACCAUGACCGUCUCGUCACACCGGAGGGCAUUGACCUAUCAAAUCCUACACAUGUGUUUCGAUUCGUCAAGAACCAGGUGAAUGCCACAGCGCAGGAGAGCUACUUCCUUAGUAUGCUCCAGCAGUUACUGGUGCUAGGGGACCAGCGCAAUGCAGAGGAAAGUAAGGAGCUAAGCAGUGCCGAGGAACAGUUCCUGAACGCCAAGUGGGAGAUUGCCAGCCGUAUGCUGCAGCGCAUUGUGCAAGCGCAGAGUGUUGCUGACCUGGACGAUUCGUGUCGUUUGACCGUCGGUCAGAUGAAAGAUGCCAUUGAAAAUGUGAUGAAGCAUGUCAAGGAAGAAGAGAAGGCAGACUCAGCUGCUUCUAAGGGACAGCCUGCAGCAAAGAAAAGUCCGAAGACAAUUGGCCGAAGGCUGCAGAAGCGUAUGUCAACAAGAAGAGCCAUGCGAUCAAUGGAAAGGAGCGCAUCGGUCAUGCUUUCCACGGAUGAGGAGAGCGAUGAAGAAUUUGAGGAUGCAAUGGAUGAUAUAUCCACGGUCACUGUGAGCAUUCCAUCCACCAAGCCAUCGUCAUCUUCUUCAGUCAUUGAAGCUGAUAAUGAUGAGUCCAAAGUGGAACAAAUAAAUGGAAGUGUAUUGGCCAGUGACACUGCAAGCCAUGCUGUCGCCAUUGAGCAGACAGUGGAAGCAAAGGCCGAUGAUGCCGGCGAGGAAAGUUUGGUGAAGCCAUCAGAGGAGGCAGCAGAGCAGAGUGAGAGCACGGCCCAGUCCAGUCCCCCAGAGAGUGAGCCUCCGCCUACCCUCGGUGCUGCUCUACUUGAGAAGUGUGAAGAGGCAACAAACACGUCAUCACCGCCACUGAUCAAUGUCGAGGUCGCAAUGGGUACUGAUCAAGAAAGUGAAGUGAAGGCUGACCAUGCAUCCUUGUUACCAAAUGAGGUUCAGUCUCCACAGCCACCAGCUGUAUCACCAUCUCCUCCAUGUACUGCUUAUGAUAAAGUCACACCACCGCCUGCGCCUCCCAUGCCCGGAAUGGGUGGUCCACCUCCGCCCCCACCCAUGCCCGGAAUGGGUGGUCCACCUCCGCCCCCACCCAUGCCCGGAAUGGGUGGUCCACCUCCGCCCCCACCCAUGCCCGGAAUGGGUGGUCCACCUCCGCCUCCACCCAUGCCCGGAAUGGGCGGGCCACCCCCGCCCCCACCCAUGCCUGGAAUGGGUGGUCCACCUCCGCCCCCACCCAUGCCCGGAAUGGGUGGUCCACCUCCGCCCCCACCCAUGGCUGGUAUUGGGGGUCCACCCGGGCCACCCCCUCCACCAGGUGCUGGUGGUCCUCCACCACCAGGCUUCUCGAUGGCUGCGUUUGGUAUGAUGGCUAACGUUGUGACGACUCCCGCAGGCCGGAAACCAGCCACUAAGCUGAAGAAACUCAACUGGAGCAAAUUGUCUGCAAACAAGACUCACCAGCCACAAGCUGAAACAAUUUGGAAGAAGAAAAUUGACUUAGUAGACCUGAAGGAUGACCACUACAAGGCGAUUGAAGUUCUUUUCUCGGCAAAGCCGCCAGCAGCUAGCGGUGGAGCACAGAAAAAGACUGAGGAAAAGAAACCGAAAACGGUGUCUCUGGUGGACGGAAAGACGGCUCUGCAAGUUGGAAUUUUUGCACGCCAGUUCAAAAGUCCAAUGCCAGAAGUCAUCAGCUGGAUUGAGCUGUUGAAGGUAGACAAACUGGAGGUGGAUCAGCUGAAAGGAUUGGAGAGAGUUUUGCCCGAUGAGUCUACGCUUGAUUCAAUCCGUACGUAUCCCGGAGAUCAGACCAAGCUGGGGGAAGCUGAACACCUCUUCUUAGCCAUGGACAAGGUUCAAAGCAUCGGCCUUCGAGUUGAGAUCAUGAUUCUGCAACAUGAGUUCAAGGAGGGAAUCGACUUCUUGAAGCCAGAAAUACACACUCUCCUCACCUCUAUGAAAGAGCUGCUGGCAUCAGAGUGCUUGCAGAAGCUGUUUCAUUUGCUGCUACUGCUUGGUAACUUCCUCAACCAUGGUACAUUCUCUGCUAACGCUAGUGGAUUCAAGACUGAGAGUGUUUUGAAGUUUGAUGACACACGUUCCAACAAGCCACGUGUCACGUUUGUCCACUUUCUUGCCGAGCAUGCUGAGGAAAACUGCAAGGAACUGCUGCAGGUGUUCGAUGAAGUUCCAAGCCUGGCCAAGGCAUCCAAAUUGUCAUUUGACCACUUGAAUGGGAAAGUUAAGCAGUUGGAAAGCAAAAUCAAGAAGCUGGGCAAGACGCUGGAGAAGCAGCCUGAAGACCUGCAGGAGCUUGCCAAGCCGUUCAUUGAGAGUGCAUCCGUGAAGGUAAUGGAGCUGAGUGAACCAUUGGAUGAGAUCCAGGAGCUGUCCAAGCAACUCAUGGCAUUCUUCUGUGAGGAAGACUCUCAGUUCAAGCUUGAGAGCUUCAUGGAAACCAUGUACAAGUUCAUCAAGCGACUGCAAGAAGCAAUUAAGGAAAAUGCAGCAAGAAAAGAGGCCGAGGCACGUCGUCAGAAACGAGAGAAGGCAAUGGCAGAGGAGAAGGCCCGUAAGGCAGCGUUGAAGAAGAAGAAGGAAGGAGAGCAGACGCAGACAGCAAUUGUGGACAACAUGCUCAGUGCCAUGAAACGAGGCGGCUCUGUCAGGCGCAGCUCAUCUUCGGCCUCUCAAAACGAAAGUGAUGUAGCAUUGCAGAAGCUGCGCCACAAAGCUGGCCGUGGCGGACUGCCAUCAAUUGCAGCGACUGAUGAAGACACUGGAGCUAGCAUGUCACCACCGGUAUCAUCCGCUGCAUCUUCUGAUCUUCUCGGCCUGCCGACAAGUCAUACUCAUCGACGAAGAAAAUCCUCUUCUGCUGAAGGGCUGAUCAGUGAUUUGGCCAAGUUCCAAGAGAAAGCCGAACAAGAGGCACAGUCCGAGUCAAGCCUAGCAUAGUGUGAUCUCUCGCUGAGCACUUGGAUAUGCAGCAACACUGCAAUCGACCCGAGCAGUCUGGAUAUUUCGAAGUUCCCACAAUAGAUAGAAAUUGUAAAUUCUGCAUUCUGGCAAUUUUGAUAAGGCUGAUUGUAUAGCUUGCAUGCUCAUGGUACGUAUUCACAUCUCCGAAAUGUGCUGUAUGCAUGGUUAUUUUGAGCGCAUUUUUGAAAAUUAAUUCUCUAUUUUUGAGCAAAGAAUAGGGGGAGGUUAUAAACUUGUUGCUUUUUGAAUAAUUAUAAUUAAUUUUUUAGAAUGUUGAUCAACUGAGUGAACAGAACAAACGAAUAAUAACAAUUACCUUCUCGUUCUUGCAGACAGGAGUAAGUAAAAUUAUCAAUAUGCUUUUACAGCAAUAUUUCGAAAGUUUUCCACAGCGUACUUUCAAAACUAAUGGGUGACAGUGGGAAAGUAAAUUCAAGCCUUUUCUUCUUGGCUUGCUGAUGGCUGAACUUGUUUCUGGGAGAAAGAAGCCGGUGAAUUCUACCAGAGAAAAAUCUAAAAUUCUCGCCCAUGCAGUGUACUAGCAGUGCAUGCUAACAAUUUACAUUGCAGUGCUCAAUGCCACGUGUGCUCAACAUAUAACAGUGCUGCCAACUAACUGGGUAUGCUUUGCGUACUGUGACUUCCGAUUUUCCGUAUUUUGCAGUAUUUUUCUAUCCUGCCGUGUGCAAUGCAUUGCUUGUCUUGUGCUUUUUUUGACACUCACAUGCUGGUCGGUGGCUGAAUUUGCUAGUGCAAAACAUGUGACUUGUACCAAGACUAGGCUUUCCUCAAA